AUAAACAUUUGUGAUCUGCUGAAUUACAGUAAAAGCACUUACUCUGACUCAGACAGAGCGAUGAGUGUUUCUCUUAUGUCUUAUGAUCUAAUCUUACACAUCAGCUUGUAUGUUGAGUGUGGAAACCCAUUACUACCAUUUUAGGAUAAUCCAGGCCCAAAAAAACUGCGAGUUCAAACAUGUUGCCCCAGCAUUGUUUUCACUCAGCCUUUUAUCAGCUAUCUGGCGGGUUAGUGUGGCACCGGGGUACUGUUACACGGACAGAGGCAGACACAGAGACAGGGUUCAGCUCAGCUCUGUUGUUUGCAGAGGCCGGACAGAAACACCAGCAGACUGUUUAUGGAAUGCUCGGCUCAUCUCGUCCAGAUGCCGUAGCAACAUGACCCUCAACACCCAGAGAGAGAAGCAGCCCCUGCGGCGGCGAGGCAGCACACCAAUUGCUCCAAGUCACUUCUACCGGCAACCGUCCUGGACCCGAGACCCUCAGCUUCCUGGCAGCGCCAAGCAGGACCCCGAUCAGCUCCACUCUCAGCGCAGUCACCCCCGUCUGGGACAGUCUGCAUCCUACCACCCUGGAGACAAGUCCCUGCACUACCUCGCCGAGUGGAGUUCAGACUCGGAGGACGACUCACUGAGCGACUCGGAUUGUGUUUACAGGGUGGUGUUGUUGGGGGACCACGGGGUUGGGAAGACGAGCCUGGCGGGGAUCUUCGCCGGGGUCACAGAGAAAGAUGAACAACCUGGAGUGGAAACAUACGAGCGGAAACUGACGGUGGAUGGAGAGGAAACCACACUCAUUGUAAUGGACAACUGGGAGAACGACAAACUGGAGGGCGAGGACAGCCCCAUUCAGGACGACUGUCUGAAGGUUGGGAGCGCUUAUGUCAUCGUUUACUCGGUCACCGACAGAUCCAGCUUCGACUCGGCUUCUGAGCUCAGGAUCACUCUGCGACGAGCACGCCAGGCUGAAAACCUUCCCAUCAUCCUCGUGGGGAACAAGAGUGACCUGGUCCGCUCCAGAGAAGUCGCUAUUGAAGAGGGCCGAGCGUGUGCCGUGGUGUUUGACUGUAAGUUCAUUGAGACCUCAGCAUCUCUGCAGCACAAUGUCUCAGAGCUCUUCGAAGGCGUGGUCCGACAGAUCCGCCUCCGUCGGGACGGCAGCGAGGCCAUCCAGCGCCGACGCUCCAUCUACAAACGCAAAGAGAGCCUCACUCAGAAGGCUCGGCGCUUCCUGGACAGACUUGUAGCGCGAAACAACCAGCGCAUGGCGGCAAAGGCGCGAUCGAAGAGCUGCCACGACUUGGCCGUCCUCUGAGGAUGCGUUUUGGAGCGUCGGAUUGGAUUUCUUUUGACUUGUUGAAGUUCUCUCUGGUUGUGAUAUCCUGAACGAUGCUGUCUGGAUUUCUUCUCUCGCUCAGUAAGUGGACGGAUGAGGUUCAGAACAAUUUUAAUAUGACGCUGCAAAGUACGGUGUGGGACGGUUACGCUUUCUCUACAAACUUCUGUGACUUUCUCUCCAAACACAGACCGACUGCAGAGACUCAUCAAUGUACGAUUAAAGGAGUGUGUGGUAUGAAUGUGUGUGUGCAUGAGUGUGUGAACAUCUGACUGCUUUGGACGUUAUGUGUUUUCACUUGAGGUUUUUACUGUUUGAAAGUUCAACAUUGUGCAAAAUAAAGUCUUUAAGGAACAA